CCCACGUGUGCCGGAGCCGGGGGCGCUGCCGCCCGCAUCGCCCGCGUGUGCCGGGAACCGGGAUCUGGGAUCGGGAUGGGCAGCGCGGCCGGGCCGCUGCGGGUGCUGGUGGACAUGGACGGAGUCCUGGCCGACUUCGAGGGCGCGGUGCUGCGGGAAUUCCGCGCCCGCUUCCCGGCGGAGCCGCGCGUGGAGCUGGCGGAGCGCAGGGGCUUCUCGGUGCGGGAGCAGUACCGCAACCUGCGGGAGGACCUGGAGGCCAAGGUAGCCAGUGUCUAUGAGUCGCCUGGCUUCUUCCUGAGGUUGGAUCCAAUUCCAGGAGCUCUUGAAGCUAUGAAGGAGAUGAUCCACAUGCAGGACACCCAGGUGUUCAUUUGCACGAGUCCUCUCCGGAAAUACGAGCACUGCAUCGUGGAAAAGUAUAAGUGGGUAGAGAAACAUUUGGGGCCCGAGUUUGUGGAGAGGAUUAUUCUGACCCGAGAUAAGACCGUCGUAGCUGCUGACCUGCUGUUUGACGACAAGGACACCAUCCAAGGUGCAGAACCGAACCCGAGCUGGGAGCACAUCCUGUUCACCUGCUGCCACAACAGGCACGUCCAGCUGCCGGCCCCGCGCCGGCGCCUGCUCUCCUGGGCGGACAACUGGAAGGCCAUCCUGGAAAGCAAGCGCAGGCAGUAGUGCAGGAAGGGGAUGCUGUGCCCUUCCCAGUGCCAGGGAAACCCGUUCCCAGGAGCCAGUGAGCACCGUCACCUCGGGGUCAGUUAUAAUAACAAAUGAGCUGCCACUGUCAGACUUGGUACAGAGCUGACUCUCUCCAUGUUUCUGGAAGAUUCCUCUGCACUCAGUUAACCUCUGUAGCAUUUUGGAUGUUUGCUGUUUGGAGAAGAGAAACUAAAACACAA